AUGUAUUUCUUUACAAUAACAGCUACAGAAGAAGAUGUCUUCAUUUUGACUACGGACGGAGACGUAAAGUUCACCUCAAAUUCAAUAGCCUUCCUUCUUGAUUUGAUGGUUCGUGACGACAGUGUGGGCGCAGUAUGUGCGCGGACGUUUACUCUAGGAAAUGGUCCAGUUGUUUGGUAUCAAGAUUUUGAGUAUGCUAUCGGUCAUUGGUUUCAAAAGGCAGCAGAACAUGUGAUUGGAUCAGUUCUCUGUUCGCCUGGAUGUUUUAGCGUGUACAGAUGUAAAGCAAUUCGGGAGGUUCUAACAACCUACGCAUCCAAUGUAAAUCGUGCAACUGAUUUUCUUACAAAGGAUAUGGGAGAAGACAGAUGGCUUUGCACACUUAUGGUUCAGGCUGGAAGACGCAUUGAAUAUUGUGCUGCUUCAGAAAAUAGUACACAUUGUCCAGAGACAUUUGAUGAGUUUUUCAAACAAAGGCGGCGAUGGGUGGUUUCAACAUUAGCAAAUAUGAUGCUGCUGUUGCAGCAAUGGACAUAUGUUUAUAAAUACAACCACCGUGUUUCAUUUCUGUUCCUGGUUUACCAAGCUGUCUUGCUUUUCGCUACCCUGAUUGGACCAAGUUCUGUUGUGUUGGUUAUAUGUGGUAAGAUACAUAGCGGCUUGAAGUAUUCCUGGAACUGGAAUCCAGUUCUUACACUCCUUUUGCAGUUGAUGAUAUGUGUAGGAUUCACUAUAAUAUGUCUUAUUACAUCGACAAAAACUCAGCUUACCGUUGCGAAGAUCUUAACAUUUUUGUAUGCAGUCGUCAUGACAGCCGUCGCAGUUGGAACAGCAUUGCAGAUCUCAAACGAUGUUAAUGGAUUGCCAGGAGCAGAGGCGAAUUGUCAGAACCUAGAUUCUCUGAACAACCUGCGAAUAGAUCUGGAGUGGGAAUCUGUUGCUUACCUUCUGAAAAUAGCCAACUUCCCAAACAAGAAAGAAAUGAGCCAUUACUCCGACCGAUACAAGAAGAUAAAAUGA